CGCAGCCCGGACGGAUUCGGAUGGGGGGUUCAAAGCUGAUAAAAGGGGUCUGGCUGCUCAAGUCCCCCCCAACAACCCAAGCUUGAUCUUCACAACUUCUUCCGUUGACCGACUUCACAUAGCAACAAUGGCAGACGAAACCUUCCUCUUCACCUCCGAGUCUGUUGGCGAGGGUCACCCCGACAAGAUCUGCGACCAAGUGUCCGACGCCAUCCUCGAUGCCUGCCUGGCUCAGGACCCCUUCUCCCGUGUUGCUUGCGAGACGGCCACCAAGACCGGUAUGAUCAUGGUCCUCGGUGAGAUCACCACCAAGGCCACCCUCGACUACCAGAAGAUCAUCCGUGAGACCGUGAAGAGGAUCGGGUUCGACGACUCCAGCAAGGGUUUCGACUACAAGACUUGCAACGUCCUUGUCGCCAUUGAGCAGCAGUCCCCCGAAAUUGCCGGCGGUCUCGUCCAGCAGGGUGACGCCCUUGAGCACAUCGGUGCUGGUGACCAGGGUAUCAUGUUCGGUUACGCUACCGACGAGACCCCCGAGUACAUGCCCCUCACCAUCAUGCUCGCCCACAAGCUCAACUCCAAGAUGGCUGAGUACCGUCGUUCCGGCGAGAUGGGUUGGUUGCGCCCCGACUCCAAGACUCAAGUCACCGUCGAGUACAAGAUGAUCGACGGUGUCCCAGUGCCCCAGAAGGUCCACACCGUUGUCAUCUCCACCCAGCACGCUCCCGAGGUCACCAACGAGCAGAUCAAGGAAGAGCUGAUGGAGAAAAUUGUUAAGGCUGUUAUUCCUGCCAAGUACCUCGACGACCGCACCGUCUACCACUUGCAGCCCUCUGGCCGUUUCGUCAUCGGUGGACCACAAGGUGACGCUGGUGUCACCGGUCGUAAGAUCAUUGUCGACACCUACGGAGGUUGGGGUGCCCACGGAGGAGGUGCUUUCUCCGGAAAGGAUUGGUCCAAGGUCGACCGUUCUGCUGCAUACACCGCCCGUUGGGUCGCAAAGUCCCUUGUCGCCGCUGGCCUCGCCCGCCGUGCCCUCGUCCAGCUUUCGUACGCCAUCGGUGUCGCAGAACCCACCUCCAUCUUCGUUGACACUUUCGGUACUGGAAAGAAGACCAACAGCGAGCUGUUGCAGAUCAUCAAGAACAACUUCGACCUUCGACCUGGAGUCAUCGUCAAGGAGCUCGACCUUUUCAAGCCCAUCUACGAGGAGUCUGCGCGUUACGGACACUUCGGUCGUGAACAAUUCACAUGGGAGCAGCCCAAGCAACUCAAGUUCUAAGGAUAAUUAGAGCAUCUCAUUACCCCGCUAUCGCUUCUGUAGAAGGGACGGGUUAUCAUAUACAUCGGAGACCGGUCUGGGGCCUGGUUCUUCGUCAAUGUGUUUAUGUACAGAGUGACUUGACGUUUUCAACGUCGCCCCAUAGUCACUUUUUAAGAUAUUUAGGAAGAGGAUUAAGAUAAUUUUAGACUUCAUGCGUCACGCAUCAUCUUCAAUGUCCCGAUCGUUUCGCUGGCGUAACCUAUGCAUCUUCCCACACAAUUUGAAAGAUUCGACGCAAACGAGAGGUCGUGUUGACGGUCCGUCGUUUUCGGAUUCCUG